GUCAACUAGAGUAGAGCUGUCCUCUGGUGACUGACUUUGCCAAUAAUGACAAACAUGAUGAGCCCAAUAGUGAAAGGUGUAAUGGUUGUUAUGAUAGCUGGGUCCCAUUUAUUACUGGAAAGAAACUGGGUAGCUUCCCAUCCAAUUUGUGCAAGAGAUGGUACCAACUGCCUAAUGACUACAGGAGAACUCUUUGACCGUGCUGUUGGCCUCUCACAUUAUAUUCAUACACUAUCUGCUGAAAUGUUCAAAGAUUUUGAUGAACAGUUUGCUCCAAGUCGAAGGUUCCCAAAAUCUGUAAUGAGAUGUCACACCGCUUUAUUAAACACACCUGAAGACAAAGAGCAAGCUCAAAAAAUUCAACAUGAACACUUGCUAAACUUAGUGAUGAGGGUUCUGAGAUCCUGGAAUGAUCCACUACUCCACAUGGUUUCUGAAGUGCAAGGUAUCCGAGAAGCACCAGACACAAUAUUAUUGAAAGCUGUACAAGUCGAAGAGCAAACCAAACAGCUCUUAGAAGGAAUGGAACAGAUUAUUGGAAGGAUUCAUCCAGGUGAUGUAGAGAAUGAACUUGAUUCACUGUGGUCUGGCCCUCCAAUCUCAAACUCAGCUGAUGAGAAUUCUCGUCUCUUUGAAUUUUACAACUUGCUUCAUUGCCUUCGUCGGGAUUCACACAAGAUUGAUAACUACUUAAACCUUCUGAAAUGUCGCCUUUUCCAUGACAAUAAUUGUUAAGCUUCUUUUCUAUUCUACAUGCAUUGCUUGAUCACUAGGAAACGAAGGAUGUCUUCUUAUUUAGCAAUGAAAUUAAAUCAGAUAUGUUGCUAUAUAUAAAUGAAGCUUCAGGUUAGCAAUUUAAAACCAUAGCAACUUUUAACUAAAAUUGUUAAAUAACACUGUCACUAACACUUUUAGAAUGUAUU